UACACACCUCCUUUCUCUCUCUAUAUAUACACAUCCCAAAUCCUCUCUUUGGACGCUUGUCUCUCAAUUUCUAAGGUGGAAGAAACAGAUAGAGAUCACUAGCUACUCACAACACCCUUGUUCUUUUAAUUGUUUAGGAUAUAUGGGGAGACCACCUUGCUGUGACAAAGUAGGAGUCAAGAAAGGGCCAUGGACGCCUGAGGAAGAUAUCAUCUUGGUCUCUUACAUACAAGAACAUGGACCUGGGAAUUGGAGAUCCGUUCCUACUAAUACAGGUUUGCUUAGAUGCAGUAAGAGUUGCCGGCUUAGAUGGACUAAUUAUCUCCGGCCCGGUAUUAAGCGUGGCAACUUCACUGAGCAUGAAGAGAAGAUGAUUAUCCAUCUGCAAGCUCUUCUGGGAAAUAGAUGGGCAGCCAUGGCAUCCUAUCUUCCUCAGAGAACAGAUAAUGAUAUAAAAAAUUAUUGGAAUACCCAUUUGAAAAAGAAGCUGAAAAAGCUCCAGGACGGGAAAAAUGAUGAUGGUUUCUCCUCAGCCUCACAGCAGUGUAAGGGUCAGUGGGAGAGAAGGCUCCAAACAGAUAUUCGUCUGGCUAAAAAAGCCCUGUAUGAGGCCUUGUCCCUGGACAAAUCAAGCUCUUUAACUGACACAAAGCCCUCUACGACUAACGUCUCUCACCCUUCCACAAGACCACAUCAAGUAGAAGGAUCUGCCUAUGCAUCAAGCGCAGAAAACAUUGCAAGAUUGCUGGAGAACUGGAUGAAAAAAUCACCAAAACCAGCUCAAACAAACUCAGAUACUACUCAAACUUCCUUCAACAACGCAGUAGCGACCAAUUCCAGUUCUAGUGAAGGAGCACAUAGUGAAACCGCACUCGACCAUCAUGGAUUUGACUCACUCUUCAGCUUCAACUCUUCCAACUCACCUGAUGCGUCUCAAUCGGUGGAUGAGAAUGCAAAUUUGACACCAGAAACCAGCUUGUUCCAAGACGAAAGCAAGCCAAACAUGGAGAAUCAAGUUCCUUUCUCAUUGCUGGAGAAAUGGCUCUUUGAUGAAGGUGGUGCUCAGGGUCCAGAAGACCUAAUUAACAUGUGCUUAGAAGAUAACACAGUUGGGGAUUUUUGAACAAAAAGACCUACCCUUCUCAUGUCAUUAAUGUGUUAGGGCUUCUUUUUGUUUUUGUGAGUCUAGGGCUUCUGCUAGUAAACCUUGUUAAUUAAAAGCAUAAUUAACUAUGCAGAAACUAAGUACAAGAAGUGUAAAUUAAAAGCUACAACUAUAAAUAUGAAUAUGCUAUGUACUGAACUGGACAAUAUUACUAUCAAAUGUCAUCUUUAUUACUACGUUAA